ACAAGUUAUUUUCUUUACCUUAACCUUUACACAUUUUUAUAAUAUUUUGUUUUCGAGGUGAAUACAACUAUAUUGUUCUGUGAGUAAGAUUGAUUAGUCUAACGUCCAUAGUUUUAUCACAUUUAGUCUGUCUGGGUCGUCAUACCACUUUAAAAGAGUUUACCGAUAAUGAAACAGUUCGCUCUACCUUAAAUCACCUUAGUUUAUUGGAAAUAAAUAUGGAAUCGUCCACUAAGGAUGCAGAAUUAAACAAAUGUAGCAUUACAGGAAACACUAAUGCAGUUAUUAAAUCAAGUGAUGAAAAGGCCAUAAACUUCAACAAACCUCCAGGACUCUCUAAAAGCGAUGUAGAACGGGACAUAUUGUAUUCUUCUGUAUUCAAUACUUUGUAUUAUACGGAAGAAACGAUACCAAACGACCACCUUCCUUAUGGGUUAAUUUGCGAAGCCAAUCCAGAUAUCAAUUCAACAGACUGGGGAAACGAAGGAAUAGAAAAGAUAGCCUCAAUGAUAUAUGCUGAUUGUGCAAAUUACAUCACCAAAAGAGCUGUUUCUGAGGGUGAAUUUGAGUGGUCUCACGACUUUAUUUUGUUUACAAACCUUCAAAUCGCAGUUUACAAUAACUUUAACGUGAUUGUUGAAGGAGAAACACUGGAUUUAGUAGUAGAUUACGCUUUUAAAAACAUUAGAAACCUAAGAUCAUCUGUUGCUCGUAACACAAUUUUGUUCGUUGAAUGCCUAAUUAAGAAAUUCCCAAGUGAAAGCCCUUUGUUUUCAAAUAUUUUUACAAAGCUUGUUCCGCAAUUGCUUAGUUGUACAGCAUCUGAAAAGGUUGUAUUCAGAGAGCCAGCUAAACAAUGUCUCCUAUUGUUAUGUUCAAAAGGUGCUAAUAUUUUAAAUAUAGAAAUUCUUUGGAGUUUUUUCGAUUACUCCUAUAAUAAGAAUAUGAAAAUAUCGUCAUUUUCUGCGAUUUGCAUAAAGGAAUACAUCGAACAGAUGAGCGACCAUGAAUUUAUGCAAAUUGACCUGGAAAGGCUCUCACAGCAUUUGGAACAUUUGUUGAAUAGUAAAAGUGUACAAAUGAAGGAAGUUGGUAAUGUAAUUAUAAAGAGACUCUUAUCGGUGUUAACUCACGAAAAAAUCGAAUGUUUAAGAACAGGAGAAGGUAAACCAAAUAUAGUUGCUUGUCUAAAUAAAUUAUCUCCUCAAAAGGUCAACGUUGCACCUUAUUAAAGUCUUUCUGAUUAUUUCAUAUAUAAAAGAUGAAUAAACGUCUAAUUUAGCGGCCUUACGCUAUACAUGACUGAAACGCUAACAUUUUAAAUACCAUGAAAGAGCACGUGCAAUUACUUAGACCAUAGAAGUUAUAUGAUAAAA